CGGGGCCGGGCGGCGGGGUCGACGGGGCGCGCGAGGGCGGCCGGCGGCCUUCCCGGCCCCGCGGCCCGGCGACCCCGCGGAGGAGGAGCCGCAGCCGCCUGGCGGGCCCGGCCGGCGGCUCCGGCUCCUCCGCCCGGGGCGCUCGUCGGCGGGUGACAGGGGAGACAGAGGUCGGGAGCGAGGGAGUCCCCGCGGACGCCCCCUAGGCCGUCUGCGCCUGAACCCCGAGGGCUCCUCAGAGUUGGACUGUGUCUCUCCUCCCACGCUGUCGGCCGCGGGUGCCGAGCUGCCGAAGUGUAGUCGGACGAGACGUCUCUCGGAUCGCGGCGCGACUCGGCCGGUCGCGGGCGCCCCCGUGAGGGUGGUGCCCGGCGGCGAAGCCCCGGGAAGGACUCGACCCCGCACCUGAGGCCGGCACUGCCCGGAUCUGAGCCGCGCGAGCUGCCGGGGUAGCGGUGUCGCUUUCGUUUAGACGGGGAGAGGGAUUCUGGAAGUGAGCAUGUUUUUGAACACAUUAACACCGAAGUUCUACGUGGCCCUGACAGGCACUUCCUCACUAAUAUCAGGACUUAUUUUGAUAUUUGAAUGGUGGUAUUUUCGCAAGUAUGGAACAUCAUUCAUUGAACAAGUCUCAGUAAGCCACUUGCGCCCCCUUCUGGGAGGGGUUGAUAACAACUCCUCCAACAAUUCUAACUCCAGUAAUGGGGACUCAGAUUCCAACAGGCAAAGCGUCUCAGAAUGCAAAGUAUGGCGAAAUCCACUAAAUUUAUUUAGGGGUGCUGAGUAUAAUCGGUACACUUGGGUGACUGGACGAGAGCCUCUGACUUACUAUGACAUGAAUCUCUCUGCCCAGGACCACCAGACAUUCUUUACUUGUGAUUCGGACCAUCUGCGUCCCGCAGAUGCAAUAAUGCAGAAAGCCUGGAGAGAGAGAAACCCCCAAGCUAGGAUUUCUGCAGCCCAUGAAGCCUUAGAGAUAAAUGAAAUUAGGUCCAGAGUUGAAGUUCCCCUAAUUGCUUCCUCUACCAUCUGGGAGAUAAAAUUGUUACCAAAGUGUGCAACUGCUUAUAUUCUCUUGGCUGAAGAGGAAGCAACAACCAUUGCUGAAGCAGAAAAACUGUUCAAGCAAGCCCUGAAAGCUGGAGACGGCUGCUACCGACGUUCUCAGCAGCUACAGCAUCAUGGAUCCCAGUAUGAAGCCCAACAUAGACGAGACACCAAUGUCUUGGUCUACAUCAAAAGAAGACUAGCAAUGUGUGCCAGAAGACUCGGGAGGACCAGAGAAGCAGUGAAAAUGAUGAGAGAUUUAAUGAAGGAGUUCCCUCUCCUGAGCAUGUUCAACAUCCAUGAAAACCUUUUAGAAGCCCUCCUGGAACUACAGGCAUAUGCUGAUGUUCAGGCAGUUUUAGCAAAGUAUGAUGAUAUCAGCUUACCAAAGUCGGCAACAAUAUGCUACACAGCUGCCUUGCUCAAAGCAAGAGCUGUCUCUGACAAAUUCUCUCCCGAGGCUGCAUCUCGGCGGGGGCUGAGCACAGCAGAGAUGAACGCAGUAGAGGCCAUUCAUAGAGCUGUGGAAUUCAAUCCUCAUGUGCCAAAAUACCUACUAGAAAUGAAAAGUCUAAUCCUGCCCCCAGAACAUAUCCUGAAGAGAGGGGACAGUGAAGCAAUAGCAUAUGCGUUCUUUCAUCUGGCGCACUGGAAGAGGGUAGAAGGGGCUUUGAAUCUUCUGCACUGUACGUGGGAAGGCACUUUUCGGAUGAUCCCUUAUCCCUUGGAAAAGGGGCAUCUAUUUUAUCCUUACCCCAUCUGUACAGAAACAGCAGAUCGUGAGCUGCUUCCAUCUUUCCAUGAGGUCUCAGUUUACCCAAAAAAGGAGCUUCCCUUCUUUAUUCUCUUUACUGCUGGAUUGUGUUCCUUCACAGCCAUGCUGGCCCUCCUGACACAUCAGUUCCCGGAACUUAUGGGGGUCUUUGCAAAAGCUAUGAUUGACAUUUUCUGCUCGGCAGAGUUCAGGGACUGGAAUUGCAAGAGUAUUUUCAUGCGUGUUGAAGAUGAACUGGAAAUCCCACCGGCACCUCAAUCUCAACAUUUCCAAAACUGAACUCAUCACCCUUCUUGCCCCACCACCAAAACUGCUCCUCUUCCUGUAUUCCUCAUCUCCGCCAGUGGCACUGACAUCCACCCAGUUACUCAAGCCAGAAACUCAGCAGCCCUCCCAAAUUCUUCCCUCUCUCACUCCUUAUAUCCCUUGGCUGCCACAGUCUGUUGGAUCUAACCUCCUGAGCCACAAGGUAUUUGGUAAAUGUAAUUCACCUCUUCUUCUCCUCUUUCUUCCCCCAUGGCUCUCUCUUAGUUUAGAUCUUUGUGAUUUCUUGCCUGGACACCUGCAAGAGUCUUCACUGGUCUCCUUGCUUCCAGUCUUAUCCUCUGCAAGUAUUUCUUUCAUACAAGAAUGAUCUUUCUAAAUUGCAAGUCUGAACACGUCACUUCCCUGCUCGAAUUUCUCCAGUGGUUUCCCACCAACAUCAGGAUAAAGUCCCAGAUCUUUAGCACGGCAUACAAGAUCCUUUAUGAUCUGGCCCUUGGUUGCCUCCUCAGCCUCAUCUGUCUCCCAACUCUUGCACAGAUACUGCUCUUGGGCCACAGUGAAUUACUCACCAUUCCCAGACGUACCAGGCUCUUGUGCACCUCAGUGCCUUUGCAUGUGCUGUUUGCUCUGCAUGGAAUGCCCUUCCUCAUUACCACCAGCACUUGUCCAGUCUACUAAUGCCUCUUCAUUCUUUUCUACUCAGCUUCCUUUCUAAGUUUCUCCUCAGCUGAGUCAGAUGUCCCUCCUCUUGGCUCUCACAGUAUUCCAUGAAGACCUAUAUUAUCACAUUUAUUGUACUGUAUUAUAAUUGUUAAAAACUUGUCUGACUCCCUUUUAGAAUGUGAGCUCCUUGCGAGCAGGACCGUGUCUUCCUUACCUCUGUAUCCCCAAAGCUUUGCACAGUGC